AUGGAUGUCAAAGGUAAAACCAAAGAUAACGUUAAGGCAAGGAUGGAUAUUGCUUUAUAUUGUGAUCGUCCAACACUAGAAUUGGAGAACAAUGGCAACGGGAAAUGUGUGAAGCCGAAAGCACGAUAUACUCUUACUAUGAACCAAAAGAGAGAAGUAUGUGAGUGGGUACAAGGUCUUAAACUUCCAGAUGGAUAUGGUUCUAACUUGGGCUUGUGUGUUGAUUGGAAAUCUUAUACGUUGCAACAUAUGAAGAGUCACGACAAUCAUGUUUUCAUGGAAAGUGCUUAUGUGUCGUCUUUGGAUGUCAACUUCAGCAGCAUGGAGGUUUCUAAACAAGUGGAAUCAAACUUUGUCAAUUGGUUCCGCGAAUAUGUACAUAAUCCUGUUAAUAAUAUCCAGGAUCCACUUUUAUACAACCUAGCUUGGGGUCCUUUACACCGAGUGGAGACUUUCUCAGCUUACUAUGUGAAUGGCUAUUGUUUUCACACUUCCUCGCGAGCUGAAGAUCGAAAAACAAAUAAUUCUGGAGUCGUUCUAUCUGGAGAAGAAGGUUUAUAUCAUGGAAUCGUGGAAGAAAUUCUUGAGAUAGUCUAUCCUGGAAUGCCAAGAAAAAAGUUAGCACUUUUUAAUUGCAAGUGGUUCGAUCCAUCAACAUUGGGCACCAGGAUUUCCCCACAUGGGCUUGUUGAAGUAAAAUCAAAUAGAAUUUAUAAGGGGAAAGAUACUUUUAUAUUUGCUCAACAAGCCGAGCAAGUAUAUUUUACACAGUAUCCCAACUCGAAUCGUGGUAUGAGAGAUUGGCUUGCAGUUAUUAAGACAAGAGCAAGGAUAAUCCAGUCGUGUGAUGCGCCAUACCAAGAGGAUAAUGGUUCAGAUCCUAGAGAAGUUUCUUGUGAAGAUGAUAUUCAAGUUUCAUUAAGGGAUUUCAAUGAUCUAGGCGAUGAAGUUGAACUUGAUCAUAAUGCUAAUGUCGUAAAUGAUAUCUCUGAUGAUGAAGUAGAAAAGGAUUUUGGAGAAGAAGAAGAUUUUGAAGAAGAAGAAGAAGAAGAAGAAGAAGAAGAAGAAGAAGAAGAAGGAGAAGAAGAAGAAUAUGAUGAUGAAAUGGAAGAAGAUCUUUAA